AUGAAAAAGAAGGAUCUUAGUUUCAGAGACUGCACAAAGCUUUCACCGAAUGAAGAUGGAGAAGGGAAGGGCCACAUAUCCAGCCAGGAGAUGCCAAAUGCGUUUCGUUAUGCUAAAACUCAUAUUAGUUGUGGUUGGGAGGAAACUUUCUCGCAAUCCAAACACCUAUUCAAGUGUCCUGGGUCUUCUCUGGUCCCUCAUCUCCUUCAAUAUUCCAUAAAGAUCAUCUCGGAUGCAGGUCUUGGGAUGGCCAUGUUCAGUCUAGGGUUGUUCAUGGCUCUUCAACCGCGGUUAAUUGCUUGUGGCACGAAGAUGGCAGCCAUAUCAAUGGCGAUCCGGUUUCUUGCCGGACCGGUACUCAUGUCGUCUGCCUCCAUUGCCGUCGGACUAAAGGGGGAUCUACUGCACACGGCUAUAGUACAGGCAGCUCUUCCCCAAGGGAUAGUACCAUUUGUCUUUGCAAGGGAGUACGGGCUGCAUCCUGACAUCCUAAGUACUGGGGUUAUUUUCGGAAUGUGGUUUCUUUGCCAGUGA